CCCUACCAAAACGAGUUUCAUGACGUCUUGAGCAGCCAAUCACAAUUUCAGAAUCCCUUAGCUCCAGUCCAAUCACGUCCCAAGUUUCAGUGGGAGUGUUUAACAAUAUGUUGAACAAAUGUAUGAUUGUCAAGAGAAGUAUCCAAUCAUAUCUUAACGCUAACUAGCUACAGAACCCUGUAAUCUAUUUUUAUAAAAUAUUUUUUGUGACGUUUCAUUUUGGUAAUGAAUACUUUGAACGCCAAGCAGAAAUACUGCAAAAAUUAAAACGAUGCCUCACAAUUCGCAUACUUUACUAUGGCGUACGAGUUAUGAAUUAUGUCGGAUGGAGUUGUUUCUCGUGCCUGACUGUCCACUGUAGUUGGUGUACAAAUCCAUCAAAACCAAGAGCGGAUUAGCUAGUUGAACAGUUGUCAAUACCAGGACGUGAAUUUGGCCACUGAACUUGUUGUUUUAUAAAUAGUCUGAGUCUAUUGGAAGCUACGUAAACUAUCACAAACUAAAUAAUAUGGUAAAUUAUGGUAUUACGGCUUCAUUUCGGCUUGUUUAGAUAUCAAUAUCAUCAAGAUUAAUAAAAUCCAGUUGAUGACGCUUGAAGAAAUGGUUGAUAUUGCGCUAGGUUUCACUUUCCAUCCACUCUAUGAGAAAAUGGAAACGAAAUCAUGAGUUUCGUUUCCGAUUUCUGAUGUCACAGCAUAACACGAACUACCUUUAUAUUGAGAGGGACGCAAGAACUAACCAGAACACCUUUGUUGCUCGACUAAUAAUGGGAAUAGAAUGAAUUAAAACAAACUAAAUGCUAUCAUGAUAUGCUGGGGAGAAACCAAUUUUAGGGAAUUAGGCUUGGACAGAUUCUGCCAGGACGAUGCGCUUGGGAUAGCAGAAAACCAUCAUCUGGUCACUGCACAAAAAGACAAGAUAACUGCCGUGUCUGUUGGAAGACGCAUGAUUGCUGUUGUCACAGAAAAGGGUGAAGGAAAAUUCUGUUUACAGGAUGACAUUAGUCAAACAAAAAGCAGACGGAAGCCAGCUCACUUGGCAUUGAGCAGGGAGAAAAUCGACUCACUGAGCUGUGGAGCAGAUUGUAUUGUCAUGGUCUCACGGAAGGGCAACGUUUUCCAGCUAAACUACCGAAUAAAACCUUACAUUCCCAGGUGUCUCAGUGCACUAAAUGGCAGACAUGUGAUACAGGUUGCCUGUGGGGACCACCACACCAUUGCACUCUCAAGAGAUGGACAGCUCUUCACAUGGGGAGAAAACUCCAAUGGUCAACUGGGACAGGGGGAGGGAGGACGCAGCUCUGAGACCCCUAAGUGCCUCUUCUCUCUGUCAGGGAUCCCCCUGGCUAUGAUCACUGCUGGAGGGGACCAAAGCUUUGCUCUGUCUGUAUCAGGAGCUGUGUUUGCUUGGGGCAAAAACAGUGCAGGGCAGCUUGGCGUUGGAGAUAAAGAAGAUAGACAUGUUCCAACGACUGUGAAAAGCCUAAAUCUGAAGAGGACUGUCUUCAUUUCAUGUGGAGAUAAACAUACUGCAAUUCUGACCAAGGGAGGCCUGGUGUUCACGUUUGGAUCAGGAGAGUACGGGCAGCUUGGACACAGCUCCAACAGAGAAGAACUGCAGCCUCGUCUGGUGGCUGAACUCUGGGGGUCAAGUGUCACCCAAAUAGCCUGUGGAAGGCAUCACACGCUUGCAUAUGUUGAAUCCUUGAAAACAAUCUACUCAUUUGGAUGUGGAGAGCAAGGGCAGUUGGGAAGUGGACAGGCCACCAAUCAGAAUGUGCCUCUUCCUGUUCAUCUGUCUUCAGAGUUUUAUGAUGGAAUUGGGACCAUUUUGGCUGGAGGGAAUCAGUCAAUCUUCUCUCCUGAGAGGCUAGCUAGUCUUAGCAAGAAGAUUGCGUCUGUGGAUAACAAUUUAAUUGAAAAAUGGAUCUCAACCUUUGGCUCAAAACUAUGGAAAGCUAUGAAAAAGGAGAUAAUACAGACUUUCUCAUCUGCAUCAACUCUCAAUUGUAGCUUUCUAAAUCAAAGACAUUACCAAACCUCAAUGGAGAAUUCAGGACUGGACUUGUCUCUGGCGCGCAUAGUUUUUGAGAAGCUGGGAAAUAAUGAAAACCUGUUGAAAAAGGUCGGAUCAGUGGUGCAACAUACGCUGAUCCCCUCCCUGCCCAUAGACCCUUCUGGUGUGGAGGACCUGAGAGUCUAUUUGAUCCUACCUGAGCUCCUGAGAGUCCUGCCCACGGACAGAGACCUCUGUGUAAAGUUCGCUGAAGCAGUUUUCAGACUGCAGCCACAGUGCCUGAAGAUCCUAGAGGGUUUAUGGUCAAAACUUCCCAGAGCCUUCUUCAAGUCCCUGGUGGAAGUGGUGCACUCAGCGUCCACGUGGUUCCUCUACCAGAUGAGGACAGAGCGGCGUGAUUACAGGACCUCUGUGGAGAAGACUGCGGAAGUUCUACAGAAGCUGUAUGAGGUUAACCUUAAGUCCAGCCAGAAGUUAGAGUACAAAAACUUCUACAUCAACGAGAUUAGACUCUGCAUUGAAUCUUGCGGAACAGUGCCACCAGAUAUGAACUUUCUUUACGCAAUGAAUCAAUUCAUGGUGCAGAGGUUGGCCUUAUACCCAAGCAUCUUUGACAUGGAGACAAAAUGGUUGCUGUUCAGGAUAAAUAACUUAAGUGGCUUUGUUGAAAAUUCCUUAUUGAAUCCACUCAUACAGAAUGACCUGUGUGUGAACAGAAGGUCCCUUCUGACUGAUACCUUCCAAGAAUUGAGAAACAAUCCCCGUCAAUACCUUUGCCCCUUGAAGGUAAAAUUUAAAUAUGAGAAUGGUAUCGAUCAUGGAGGUGUGUCACAGGAGUUCUUCUCUGUCAUUGCGAGGGAAAUUCACUCAUUGCAGCCAAAGAUGCUUGAGCUGUUUGAAGACUCAGGACUUGUCUGGUUCAUGCCAGAGGGCCACUGUGAUGAUGAUGCUUACUCCUUGCUCGGAAUUCUCUGUGGGAUGGCUCUGUACCGCGAGUGUUUUGUGAAUUUCCACUUCCCACUGGCACUUUUUAAGAAGAUGUUGGGUGUUAUGCCAACUCUGGAAGAACUGGAAGAACUCUCUCCCAUUGAAGCCAGGAACUUGCAAGAACUCCUAAAUGAAGAUGAAGAAGUUUUGGAGCUGCUGGAUUUGGAUUUCACAACUAGAGGCCAUGAAAUAGUUCCAAAUGGAAGAGAGAUGACAGUAACCAAAUGCAACAGGUGGCAGUUUGUGGAGGCAUAUGUUGAUUUCAUUUUCAACAAGUCAGUCAAGAAGCAGUUCAAUGACUUUUUGGGGGGAUUUUCACAAGGCUGCCCAAGUCAGUUAUGGAAGAUGUUUCUUCCAGAAGAACUCAUGGCCCGUCUCUGUGGAAACAUUAACUAUUCUUGGGAGGAGCUGAAGAAGAAUGCGCUAUAUGAGGCAUAUGAGCCCACAGACGAGAACAUCCAAAAUUUCUGGACUGUCUUCUUUGAGCUGUCUGAGGAGAAAAAGAAGGAUUUUCUCUCCUACAUGACAGGAAGUGAUCGGCUGCCCAUCGGGGGACUGGCAAGCAUUAAGAUCACCAUUGUCAAUCAAAACAAGCCCAACCCUGAUGACUUUUAUCCGGUCGCAAAUACCUGCUAUCGCUGCUUAUACCUCCCAAAUUACAGCAGCAUUCAUGUUCUGAGAGAGAAGUUUGUCCAUGCAAUCUCUUUUUAUGAAGAAUUUGGAGAAUAUUAGUGCCACAUGCAGAUUUACGCAGUAAUCCUUCAACUGCUGAGGUUUCACAAAACCUGCAGUCGACACCCACUACUGUUGCCUCAGUGCUCUUGAACUGUCUCCAUCCGUAUCUACAAGCUGAUCUACAGAGAUUAGACAAAACAAGGACAGCUCUGGGAAUUUCUUUUUCUGCAGAAUUUUACCUUGCAAUGCUACCAAGGAUAGAAUGGUGAAAAACAUAUGUAACAUAAAUCCCUACCCUUUAGUCGAACAUUUUAUUAAUCUCACAUGUGAUUCAAUUAUUAACAUUUCUUUUUUAAUAAUUGAUAUAUUAAAUGAUUCCUGUCUAUUCCUUUUGAAUAUUACAUUUAAGAGCCCAAUAAUCUAAACUGACCAUUUACCAUUUCUGCUUACCAUUCUGAACUGAAUACCAUAGUUACUUUUUCUGUUCAUCUAUAAGAGGAAAAACAGAUUCCAUAAGCAAUGUAUGUUGCAAACUAGUCUAUCAACUUUUUGAUGAAACUGCAAACAGAAAGUGUUGAAUCUAUGGAUUGAAGACAUGCCAAGGAAGCCUGCCAUUGGAUAAAUUUCUAAACCCGUGUUUUUGGAGAUUCACACCAGUUACUGGAAUAUAAUUUAAAGGUGCUAUGUUAAACUGCUAUGUUCUGCACCCAUUCAGAUCAUCAACAGGCUAUAAAGUAUUAUGUUGAGGUUGUGUAUUAAGAUGUGACUUCACAUUUACAUGACCAUUUUGGUGUUAAAUAAUCUAACAUGACAUAUGGCCAUAGCGUGUCUCCGGCAUAUGAUCGAUAUUCAAUCUAAAACGAAUACAAUUUUCCUCUGUGUAAUUGAUGUAUUUCUUGACUGUUUGAGCUAUAGCAUGAAUCCCCUUGGAUUGACCUAACAGGGCCUGUCUGGUCACAGGACUACAUGUAAAUCAUCAUAAUGGUCACCUUUCCAUAAAUAUUUGUGGGUAUUUAUAAUGAAUGGAAGCUUUUGUCAUGGAAUAUGAUUUGCCUCCUUUGGUCUUACUCUGCCUCAGAAAGUAUAAAAUGUAUAUUAUGUUAUUAAAAACAAAUGUGGUUGUUAAUUACUGUUAAUAAAAUUGCUAAUAAAUUAUUAAUUUCAUAAUGUCCAGAGAA